AGCAAUCCAGACCCGGUUUAACCCCCUGACCAGGUUCAGUAUCCAGCCUGGAUUCCAAAAUAUUGCAUAUGUAUCAAUCAGGAUUUACUGAUUCAGGCAACAUAAUUAUUCAGCUGAUGAAGUGAAAAUACUUAUGGGUGGACUAAGAGAAGAUCUUUCUACUUAUCGAUGAGGGAACAACAACAGCUUCUCUGGCGUUCAAUAGACAGAAAAAUCCUUUCUCUGCUUGAGGGUACCUGCACGAGAAAGUAUCUCUUCCAAAUCCACGCUUUUGUGCUCCGUAACGCCAUCGAAACAAAUGUUAACCUUUUCACUAAAUUCGUCGCAACCUGCGUUCAACUCGCUGGUAUCCUUUACGCACGGCGCGUGUUCGAUCAGAGGCUUCGUAGAGACGACACUUUCCUUUGCAAUUCUAUGAUCAAAGCACAUGUGCGUAUGCGCCAAUUCGCUGAAUCUUUCACUCUUUAUGAACAUCUUAGAAGGUACACGGGUUUUGUUCCCGAUAAUUUUACGUUUACAACAUUGGCCAAGUCUUGUUGUUUGAGAAUGGCGAUUUCGGAGGGUUUGCAAUUGCACAGUCAUGUUUUGAAAAUUGGAUAUUGCUUAGAUUUGUAUGUGUCCACUGCAUUGGUUGAUAUGUACUCGAAAUUUGGGAAAAUGGGUUGGGCCAAUAAAGUGUUUGAUGAAAUGACUGACAGAAGUUUAGUGUCAUGGACAACUCUCAUUUCUGGGUAUGCGAGGUCUGGCGAAAUGGUUCAUGCUAAGAAACUUUUUGAUGAGAUGUCUGCGACUGAGAGAGGAGACUCUGCUGUAUAUAAUGCAAUGAUUGAUGGUUAUGUAAAAUUAGGAGAUAUGGUUUCGGCUCGAAGUUUGUUUGAAGAGAUGCCAGAUAGGAAUGUGAUUUCUUGGACUAGUAUGAUUUAUGGGUUUUGCGCAAAUGGUGAUGUUUUAGCUGGUAGGUCAUUGUUUGAUUCCAUGCCAGAGAAGAACCUAUUUUCUUGGAAUGUAAUGAUUGGAGGGUAUUACCAAAAUAAACAACCCCGUGAAGCGUUGAAGUUGUUCCAUGAACUGCAAGCAAGCAGAUUAUUUGAACCUGACGAGGUAACCAUUGUAAGCAUUCUUCCAGCUAUUGCUGAUUUGGGUGCUUUGGAUUUGGGCAGCUGGGUUCACCAGUUUGUUCAGAGGAGGAAACUUGACAGAAAAACCAAUGUGUGUACUGCACUUGUUGAUAUGUAUGCAAAGUGUGGUGAAAUUGCCAAAGCAAGAAGAGUCUUUGGUGAAAUGCCCGAAAAGGAAAUAGCUUCUUGGAAUGCUCUCGUAAAUGGAUUUGCUGUCAAUGGAUGUGCCAAGGAAGCAUUGGAGGCUUUCUUGGAGAUGAUGCGGGAAGAAGUCAAGCCAAAUGAUAUUACCAUGAUUGGUGUUUUGUCUGCGUGUAACCAUGGUGGUUUGGUGGAGGAAGGGAAGCGAUGGUUUGAAGCAAUGGAGGAGUUUGGACUUACCCCGAAAAUUGAGCAUUAUGGUUGUAUGGUAGAUCUAUUAGGGAGGGCAGGACGCUUGGAGGAAGCUGAAAAGUUGAUCCAUAGUAUGCCUUACGAGGCUAAUGGAAUAAUUCUUAGUUCAUUUUUAUGUGCAUGUGGGAACUCAAAGGAUGUUACAAGGGCUGAGAGAGUGUUGAACAAAGUUGUUGCUUUGGAUCCAAGGAAUGAUGGGAACUAUGUCAUGCUGAGAAAUUUGUAUGCAACAGAGGAAAGAUGGAGAGAUGCAGAUGAAAUUAAGGGUCUGAUGAGGAGCAAUGGGAUUAAAAAAGAAGUAGGCUGUAGUGUUAUUGAGGUUGAUUGUAGGGUUUCCGAGUUUCAAUGUGGAGAUAGAAUGAAUCCACAAUGGGAAAUGAUAGAGCCGAUCUUGAGGCUGAUGUGGACGCACAUGAAGGGACAAGACAACUAUCGAUGUUUGCAAAGAUCAUGAACUUGUCGAUGACAAGAUCGGGCAAGGUACAUUGAAGAGAUGCAUUGUGGUAUGGUAGCCCAUCAAACUGAAGGCUGCAGAUAUUAGGUAAGAAUGCUUUAUAAAAAGGGAAGGGGGAACUGUAGAAGGCUCGUGAAUCUACGCUUACCUUGAGAAUAGGAGUGUAUUCUUAAGCUCGGGAACAGUAACAUCGGUAAAGGAAAAGAAGCAUCAUCGGUGAAACAAGCUCCAAUGCAACAAAAUCGGCAAGGUUUUGAUCUCUACGCAAACUCCGGUACAGUGGAAGGCUCUGAUCUCUAACUGAGCUUGUCGAGCUGAACAGGCUCAGAAGGAGAUUAUAUCUAGCUGUGACAUUCGUGGUCUGCACAAAUUUUGCAAUCAUAUCUCCGGCAAAUCCUUGGUGAUGUGCAGAGAUAUGGUACCUUGGCCUUGUUAACAGUAUAUAUUAUAAUAUUCAGCCGAUAUCUUAAUUUUAA